AUGGUAGAUACUUGCAAUGCCUUCUACUAUGUGCAGAAAAACCAAGUCUGUGACAAUCUUGCUAGGCUGAAUGGGAUUUCUACCAAAGACCUUGCCAGCUGGAACACUAAGGUGGGCAGUUCCUGCUCUGGCUUGUGGGCAGACACGUAUGCAUGCGUCGGCGUUAUUGACGCGUAUGACUUUCAGAGGGGCAACAUGGCUGGCUGGAAUGUUGUUAAUGGCACCUUUUCUGCCGAAUCAAAGGUCAUGGUUGCUCAGAAUGUGAACAUUGGGAAGGCGUAUGUCAGUGCCGAGAUGAACGACUUUGUCAUGGCAGCUGACAUGACCUUGUCCACUAACAACGGUAAUGCUGGAUUGAUAUUCCGUGCCUCUAGCAUUGGAGAUGGCCCGGACUCCUAUCGCGGCUACUACGUUGGCCUCAGUGCUAGUGAUGGCGGAUACGUAGUCCUCGGCCGGGCUGACAACAAUUGGAGUAAGCUUGGAAGAGCCUCAGUUAGCAUCCAGCCCGGAAAAUCAUACCGCAUGUAUGUCGAGGCUAUGGACGACAACAUCGUUAUUAGCCUCGAUAGCCGUGCAAAUACGAAAAUCACCGUAAAGGAUGGAAGCUUCCAAUCAGGAAGUUGUGGAGUACGUGUGUAUCACACAGGCGCAUCAUACAGGAACAUUCGCAUCUUCUCCGCGGUUUAUGACCCUUUCAACGUCAAUAUGGCAAGCAACGUGGAAAGCGGCAAGGCCACCCUCAAUACCAUUUUUGGUGAUUUCACCAUGGAUGUUGACGUCCAAAUCAACGGCGCUACUGGCGGCAAUGCCGGCGUUAUCUUCCGCGCCAGCAACCUGCAGGUCAGCGUGAAUAACUACCAGGGCUAUUACGUUGGUAUUCUACCAGGAUUAUUGAUGCUUAGAAAAGCAGAUUUUGGCUGGACGUUGCUACAGAGCGCUGCGGCUGAUAUAUCUGCCGAUAAUAUGCAUCAUAUCCGCAUCCUCGCUUUUAAAGACUCGCUAGUCGUGUGGGUGGACGACAUGACCACGCUAAAGAUUGUAGUCGUCGAUAAUAGCUUUACCUCUGGCUUGGUUGGCGCCAGAGUGUGGAAGACAGGUGCUACUUUCGACAACUUCGAGAUUAUUCAUGGUCCUAUGCCCUAG